CUUCGCUGCUUUUCUAUCAGAUGUAAAAUGGACGGGCGGUCGUGUCGCUGCGCGCUCGCGGUUUACGCGUGUUUCUUGUAAUAUCGAAGUUAAUUGUUUAAAAAUUUGACGUCAUCCCGUUUGUUGUUUACGCGAUUAUUCGACUAGUCCGGUGUUCGGUGCCGGGGAAGAUUGUGUCAGUGCAUGUGUUAUCGUUUGACGUUACUCACUUCACUUGCUGUGAUUUAGCUGAUAGCUGACCGGUGGGUGCGCGUGAUAAUACUAUACGUGUUUUUGACGAUUAAAUCGUCUAGUGUUGGUGUUUUAGCUGCACCAUGCUGUGCAAGGUGACAUAGUGAACGCUGAAUGACCCUGACCUCUGGCAACGAUGUCUGGGCGAUCGGAUUGCAGAAAAUUCGCUCCCAACAUCUUCAAUAAGAGCAAGUGCACUAAUUGCUUUCGGCAGAAGGAGGAGCACAGCGCCGAAGCCUUGGAAUCUAAUCGGGCCAGUCGUAAGAUAUCAAAAUGCGGAUAUCUUUUCGUGGCACCGGGCUGGGACUUCUCCAAUCCGCUCUACAGAACAAAGAGAUGGCAGCGGAGGUGGUUCGUUUUGUACGACGAUGGCGAGCUGACAUACUCACUUGACGAACACCCAGACACAGUCCCGCAAGCCAGCAUCGACAUGACGACGGUCCUGGAAGUGAGCGAGGCGGACUCGGUCACCGGUCAUGCACAUAGCCUGGCGGUGACGGCGCCGGAGCGAGUCACGUUCGUGAAGGGAACUUGUAGAGAGGAGGCGAGGUGGUGGGCUGAUGUGCUAAGCGUGUAUCCGAGAAGCAAGGGCCGUCACAAACGAAACGCGACUUUCCCCGGCGGCCAGACGGCGAGCCUGCUGCAAUCAUCAACGACAAGAAAGUACUCCGCGGACGCUUCAACUCUUCGCGACGCAGCAGACGGGUGCACCGCGGCCCGGCCUCGGUACUGCAGCGCGGGUACCACUACCUGGCCGGGGCCUAGAGUCCAGCCCCCGCAGCCUGAGAUCCCGAGCCUAGCACCACCGCAGCCUAUAGACACCAAAGUGUACACCGAUCAGCCAGUAUCAUCGGCCUCGCCGCCGACCAGAGACAAGAUAAACGGGGAAGAGAAGGCGCGCUCACGCCGCCGAGACACCUGGGCUGAACCGUCCACACCAACAACACCUGAUGACCCUGCCAGCGUGGCGUCGCCACUACUCCAGCACCGCUACGACGAGCAACUGCGCGACAUUGCCGCUUCCCUGACGCGCCCGCGCAGCCGCCGGGCGCUGCCGCCCACGCUAGAGCGGCCAACUCGUUUGGCACCUGAUCGUCUUCCGGUCCGAGGAACACCCGACGGCGCCGUACCACCAGAAGAAGGCAGCUCCAGCUCAGCCAGCGAAGGCAGCGAGCCCACCGACGCGGUCGAAGCAGCCGAAGCCAGCGAGAGCGGUCGGGUGGAACUCCCGGCCGAGCGCCUGCUCCACGCCAGGGCUGGCUGGCUACAGCGCCGCGGGCCCGGCGGGUGGUCGCGCCACUGGUUCGUGCUCCGAGGUGCAGCGUUGCUGUACUUCAGGGACCCGCAUGCGGAGCAUAGGGGGCUGAUGGAUGGGGUGAUUGAUUUGAGUGGCAUCGCGAGGGUUGUGGAGCUGCCGACCUCGGCGUCUACUAAUGGAUACGCUUUUGAGACUGAGACAUGGGAUGGCAAACAUAUCGUAUUGUCAGCGGUAACGGCGGGCAUACGAGCCAAUUGGGUGUCCGCUAUGCGCCGCACUGCUGGUCUGCCAGAAUCCAAACCGCUAUCCUUGCUCCUGCGGGAAGACAACGUCGACCAAGCUUCGGAGUCAUCCACGUCACCCAUCACACCCGUGACUCCCAUCACGAGCAGAUCAGCGCCAUUCUCGUCUGAUGAAGAAUACCGAACAGCUUCAGAAGGUGGCCGAAGGGACAGCGCAGACUGGGGAGACAUGGCGCCCCAGCCACCACCGUCACCCAUCCUAAACAGAACACCAAUCAGCAAGGUCAAAGAAAAAGUCCGCGCGCGAGGCUGCCACCAGACCCUACCGCGAGACACUCCAAAAAGCGACAAAGACGAAAUAGACUCCGCCAAAGAAACUCGUCCAGACGAAGUCGACGAAAACGAAAAGCCAAACGAGCCACGCAAACGCAGCUACAUAUCGACCAUCGACAAACAGUCUAUUGAAAUCGACGACCUGCGAAAACAGCUGAAGCUUGCACUUUCAGACGUCAACGCCGCUGAGUCAGAACUUGCACGCCUCCGCAAACUCAAGUCAGAGGCUGCUCUUAGAGAAAAGAAAAUGGAGGAACUAGUAACCGCUCUACAGCAAAAGGAAGAAGAGUUGUCUAUCAGAACUAAGGAAGCUGAAAAUUUGGAUGCGUUAAAACAGAUGUACAACCAAGAUAAGACCACGUGGGAAACGAAGUUGACAGAAACUCAAAACUUCCUGAAAGAGUCGACGGAGCACUGCGAGCUGUUGACGAAGCAGCUGGCUUCAGCGCAGGAGAACGUGCAGCAACUACAACGAGAACUGAGCGAACUCAACGAGAAGCUCAUGAAGAGCGUAAAGGAGAACGAUGGCUUGUACAUGAGGAUCAGAGAGCUGGAGGGGCGCGUGACGUCAGAGUCGCCGGCCAAGGAGAAACGAAAGAGCAUCGGCUCUCUUAGCGAUCUCAGCAACCUCAACAGAAACUUGGACUUAGAAUCCUUGGAGAAAAACAGACUUAUCGAAGAAUACGUCGAGCUUAGAUCAAGGUUCGUUAAAGCCAUACAGGAAAUCAAAACUAUGAAAAAGGAACUCCGGGAUUCUCACAGCAUGUACGAUGAACUGGAAAUAACUAACAUGAAGCUGAGAAAUGAAAUGAAGUUACGAGAGCAGUGCAGUAGGUCAGAGAUCGACUUGAUGGCCGCGCGCAUUUUGGAUUUAACACAGAAACUGACGGCCUCCGAUAAGCAAGUACGAACGCUGAAACACAAAAUACAGAAGUCAGAGUCCAGAGAAAAACGGCGAAGCUUAUCUCUCAAAGGUAGAGAAUCCCUCACCUUAGGGAAGGAGGUCGAAGAGAAACUGACUGAGCUAGAAAACAAAAUCACACUUUUGGAAACGGGGGAACCUGCUCCUAUCAUAAACUCUCCGUCGAAGAGUGCGUCACCUGCCAAAGAGAAAGCUCCCAAAACCGAAAGCUCAUCAGAAGAGAAGAGAGCGAAGAGGCUAGCCGCUCGGUUAAGGAGGAAGUCACUCGACAGCGCAUUGGCAACGAGCUCGGAGCCGAUGAAGAUGCUCGGCCGACUGACGUCGUUAGAAACCAAAGUUGCAUCAGCGUUCGAGAACAGACGAGACUUGACAAACUCGUGUGAAUCCCUAAGCCAGGCCACACGGUCUACCAACAGUCCAGUCUUCACAGAUAGCCCGGAGAGUUUAGGAACACAGUCGCAACGACACUUACUCGAUAGGCUGCAGAGCCUCGAGAGUGUAGUCAUCCACUCCCGCGACAAAGUCAACGAGUGCUUGUGCCAGAUGAGCGCCAUGCGAGCCGCGAAGUCCAGGCGAUCGCCUUCCCCUAGUCUCGAGAAAAAAUACAGCAUGAAGUCCAUGGAGAAGUGCUUGACUGACGUCAGUAAGCGACUUCAAGAGUGCUUCGAUAAGUGCGUCGUUGAUUGCGAGCAUGGAGAAAUAGAUGCCAAUGACAGCGUGGCGCAGGUGGUCGUUCAGCUAGAAGAACAGCUCCGAGCGAAGCUUCUAGAACUCUCCAAGAAGAAAGCGGCACUUUACGAAGCGGGUGAGCUCACGCAGAGGAAGAGCUUAGAAAUCCUAGCCGAAAAACUAGCGUACGAGGCAGUCCUGGUCACCAGGAUCCAAGAGGCUCUGGAAUCGUCCAACGGGAGCAGAUUCUUCGCUAGAUUAAUAAAGUCUGAAAUUAUCGAAACUAGUCAAUUAAUCGAUAACCUUAAGUGUAAGAUAAGCGGGGACAGCUGCCGGAAUAUCAGCAGCACAAGGAGCUCGCUCGACUACCUGGCAAGGAUCCUGUCGAGGAAGAUCGACUUCAUGAACAGCACGCGCGAGGCGAGGGACUUGCGGGCUUCGGAACUUAUCAUCCAAAGCGCGGAUCUGGAAGCGCUCCGAGCGUCACAGCGCGAAGUAGCCGCCGCAGUAGACAGAUAUAAGACCGACAAGUUAGCCGAGCUGUGUUCCGCGCUGGCUUCUGAGGCUCUCGCUCACGCGCCUGGCGAUGGUGACUCCGAACAACGCUCCGGAUUAGAGGCCGCCAGGGUACGCGAAGCGUGGGCGGCGGCGCGCGACGCGCUCGGCGCGGAACUAGUCCAAGCGGAAGUCGCACGCGCUCUAGGCCGCGCGGCACAACUGUGUGAAGAAAAUCUAGAUCGCGCGCGCACAGGACGCUUAACCCUCACGGCUCAAGACCGUGCAGAUUUAGAACUGUGGUGGCAAGCGGCGCAUGAUCAUCUGCGAUGCGAGAUGGACGCGGCCGUGCGCGACAUCGCGGCCAGAUACCGCGAGUGCCUCGGCGAGAGGCGAGGCAAAGAAGGUUCACCGGGUCUGGACUCGCGCGUCCUGCUGCAACAGCUGGCCGAAGUCCUAGCGCAUAAAGCUUUAGUGGAUGCGCGGGUGGCCGUAGUCGAAGGAACAUUCAGGGCUUCGGCCCCUAGAGACCCGUCUGCCCGCACUCCGACGGACGCCAUCUCCUCCCUGGACGCGGACCCCACCCAAGAGGCGGAGUUCGUGUACCUCUUCCAGCACUUCUCGAACGAGUGCCGCGCGCUCUUCUCCACUGACUGUUCGGGUAACAGUGAAGACUUGACGAAGAUCGCCGAGAGCCUCGAGCGAGCGGAGGCGGCGGUGGCUGCGGUGUGGGGCGCGCUGGGGGGCGCGAGCGAGACGGACGCGGCGCCCGAGGGGGCGGGAGAGGGACAGGGAGUGCUGGGCCGCGUGGAGGCGCUGCGCCGGCGCGUCGAGGCUCUGCAAGCGCUGGUCCCGUGCCAGCACUGCAAGCAGCUUCAGGACGCGCUGGACAGGCUGCAGGCGGAGCGCGUGCGCGGCGAGAGCGCGCGCGCGCAGCAGGCGGGCGCGCUGGCGGCGGCGCGGCGCGCGCGCGCGGCGCUGCUCGCGCAGCACGAGCGCGAGCGCGGCGCGCUGCGCGAGCGCGCGCGCACGCUGCAGAGGAGGCUCGCCGCGCUCGACUCCGAGUACAGCGCGCAGCUGGACAGCCUGCGCGCGGCUUACCAGGUCACUAAUCAAAACGCAGUGUCAGCGGACGCGCACGGCGACGGGCUGCGCGUGCGCUACCAGCAAGAGAUCGAGCAACUGCGCGCUCUGUGCGAGAAAGGCCUGCUCGCAAUGGAAAGCUCGCACCGCCGCAUCGUGCGAGAAAUGGAGGAGAAGCACCGCGCUGAACGCGAGCAGCUGAGGCUGGAUAAAGAACAAGCGUUGGCAGAGGAGACUCGCGCCACUCUCGCCGCACUCGACGCGAUGCGCAAGGCUCAUGAAAACGAGGUCCGGAGGGAAGUGGACAAGUUCAAGGCGGAGUUCCUGAGCCGCGGCCAACACGGCGAGCUGUCGCAACUUAGCACUCGCCAUCAGCAAGAGAUGGAGGAGAUAAAGCGAGAGAUCCUAUCGCUGAGCGAGAAGUACUCGGUGAAGUGCGUGGAAUCCGCGGCGCUAGAGGACAGGCUGGCGGCCGCCACUGCGCAGCUCGCGCACGCGCACAACCACAUCAUGCAGCUCGACGCUAGGAACAAGCAGCUCCGCGCGCACAUAAUGUCGGAAGCCAGCGAAAUGAAGGGCGAGGCGCUGCCGCACCUCAUCGAGGACGGACCGCAUGGGCGGGAGGCGCCGCUGUGGCAGCACCUGCGGCAGCUGGCUGGCGUCUGGCAGCGGAACUCAGGGGAAGUCCCGGAGCAGCCCCCUGCUGGAGGCGGCGCGGCCGACGCGGCCCGCCAAGAUACAGUUCGCGAAGACAGAGGCUACCAGAAACCUGCAGCUGUCACCUGUCCAGAACUGAGGACUCGUCGCUGCUCCGUGCGCGAGCGCACGACCGUCGGCCCGCUCGUCGGAAUGGUGGCCGAGCGGAAGAAGCGUUUCGAACUAUAGCGCGCGCUCUCUCCCUCGUCGAUCCCCGCCAACGACUCUAUGCCAACGACAUAGAGUCCAAUCUUCAUCGACGAGAGAAACAGAACGCGACGCGUCCAUUUCGAAUUCACUCGUCCACGGAAAUAAGGACCCUAUGCCUUCCGCGUAGAGUUCAAUACUUAAGGUCGGCGAUAUGAUUCGUCUAUUUAAAAAUGUCAAUUGAUUUUAAACGCUAAAGUGAUGGUAGUAAAGUUUGAUUCCGAAUGGACGCUCCACCCACCACGCUAGCACCUGGCCACUUUGCUUUGCAUAUCCCAUAUGUUAUAGCAAUAUUACAUGUACUAAGUAUUACUGUAGCGUUAUUAAUUAUUUAUGAGUGUUUCAUGACAGUGUAUUCAAAUGUAACCGUUGAAUUGUAGUUAGGACUACAGAGUAACUUAGUUGUAAGUCCGCAGUGGUUAUCAUAUGACUAUAUCCAUUUUAUUAUAUUUAGACCAACACAAAUAUUGUCCCAACAUUUAGCUCUAGUGUAUCGUUAUGUUAUGACCAAAUAUAAUUUUCUCUUUAAGUGGCCAGAUUCUUAACUCCCACCCACCACAUGAAAUGUAUAUAACUUUGUUAGUAUUGUUUUUACCUAAUUCUAGUUAACUCUAACUGUAUAUUUCUUUCUUUUGUACGUUUUCUUUUCAUGAGCUGUUUGAGUGACUGAUUUUUCAGUUUGAUAUUUCUAAAUUAGUUUUAGCCGAUUGGUUAGUGAUGUAAAAAUGUAACCUUAUGUAAAUACUAACGGUCUUCUUUUGUAACCAUUUGUUUUCGUGCACAGUUUCCCUGUCCAUUUUUAAUCUUUAAGGAAUUGUUACCAAAUAUUUCUUAUUUAUGACACUUUUACUUUCGGGCGCGCCGGGCACAGUGGCUCGCCUUUCCACUUUGAACCAUUUGAAAAGUUAUGAAAUUGUAUGAAGUUGAAUUGUGUCACUGUGUCUGUUGAAACCCUUGUUUAUUUUUUGUAGUUUUAUAAAUAGUUUAGAGUAUGCGUUGCGAGUGUGGGACAUAUAUGUACGGAGUUUGAGCCGGGCACGUUUUGCUUAUAUUAUAUUUAUAGAGGCAUAUUAUAUUGUUUUACACAUUAACAAGUUAUUUUAGAGCGUUAAAGUUUGACAUUUUCGGUUUAUCCCUAACCUGUGUGUAAACUUGUUUGUUACCAUGUUUCUGAACUGGGCAUUUGAAAACUGUCUUCCAUCGCGUUUGACUCACACGUUGUGUAUAGUAUCACCUGCGGUCCGCGUCGGGCGUCCAAAGUCGAAUAAGGCGUCUUAAUGUAUCGUAUUGCUCAAUGUUAUCUAGUUUCAUUAAAUUAUAUAAAGAAAUGAAAUACCAAAACUAUUGAUCGCAUUGUAUAACGCUUGUCGGCACCUAGGAUUAGAACGCGGCUGAAAAAUUACUUGCGUGCGCGUCGGUGUCGUCGCGGCGUCGUCAGCAUGUCGUCGACGUGUCGCCGCGGCGACGCUGUCGCGUCCCUCCCCUGUCUCAGUUGACGUUGUAAAGUGUUGGUUUACAUAACAAAGAUUUUUAAAUAAAACUACUUAAUACAA